CCCAAAGGUUUCUAUAAAGCUCAGAGGGAAAAAGAGCGAAAGCAGAAGCGAGGAAAAGAGAGAGAGAGAGAGCUACGAUAAUGGCGAGAAGUGUUUCGAUAUGGCUUGCUAUGGCCGCAAUCGUAUGCUCUCUAACAGUGAUCUCAGCUGAAGAGAGUGAAUCGAAAGAGUUCGUCUUGACCUUGGAUCACUCCAACUUUACUGACACUGUUAGUAAGCAAGACUUUAUCGUCGUCGAAUUUUACGCUCCUUGGUGUGGGCACUGUAAGAAUCUUGCUCCAGAGUAUGAGAAAGCUGCAUCUAUAUUGAGUAAACACGAUCCUCCAAUCUUUCUAGCUAAAGUUGAUGCCAAUGACGAAGCAAACAAAGAAUUAGCAAGUCAGUAUGAAAUCAAGGGUUACCCUACGCUUAAAAUUUUGAGAAAUGGAGGAAAGAAUGUUCAAGAAUACAAAGGUCCACGUGAAGCUGAUGGUAUUGUGGAGUAUGUGAAGAAACAAAGUGGUCCUGCUUCUGCUGAAAUAAAGUCCGCAGAAGAUGCCAGUAAUCUUAUUGGUGACAAGAAGAUAGUAGUUGUUGGGAUUUUCCCAAAAUUCUCUGGCGAAGAGUUUGAGAGCUAUAUAGCUCUUGCUGAGAAAUUGCGUUCUGACUAUGAAUUUGGUCAUACUUUGGAUGCUAAACACCUUCCCCGUGGUGAAUCAUCAGUGACUGGCCCUGUGGUCAGACUUUUCAAGCCUUUUGAUGAACUCUUUGUUGACCUCAAGGAUUUUAAGUUGGAAGCUCUAGAGAAGUUUGUUGAAGAAUCUAGCAUUCCUAUUGUGACCCUCUUUGACAAUGACCCAAGUAAUCACCCCUUCGUUAUCAAAUUCUAUAACAGUCCCAAUGCAAAGGCUAUGUUGUUUGCAAAUUUGAGUGCUGAAGGUGUUGAUGCCGUAAAAUCAAAAUAUCGUGAAGUUGCUGAACAAUACAAAGGACAGGGCAUAAGUUUCCUUUUGGGAGAUGUUGAGGCUAGUCAAGGUGCCUUCCAGUAUUUUGGAAUUCAAGAAAGCCAAGUACCUCUCAUCAUCGUUCAGAAUAAUGAUGGGAAGAAGUAUUUGAAGCCAAACUUGGUGGCUGAUGACAUUGCACCGUGGGUGAAGGAUUAUAAGGAAGGAAAAGUUCAACCAUAUGUAAAAUCCGAACCUAUCCCCGAGGAGAAUAACGAACCUGUGAAAGUGGUGGUUGCUGACACCCUCGAAGACAUGGUUUUCAAAUCAGGAAAAAAUGUUCUGCUCGAGUUUUAUGCCCCCUGGUGUGGACAUUGCAAGAAAUUGGCACCAAUCUUGGACGAAAUUGCUGUCCAUUAUGAAAAAGAUGCUAAAGUUUUGAUUGCAAAACUUGAUGCAACUGCUAAUGAUAUCGCGGAUGAGAACUUUGAUGUUAAAGGCUACCCGACUGUUUACUUUAGAUCAGCUAAUGGAAACAUAACACCGUAUGAGGGUGAUAGGAGCAAGGAAGACAUCAUCGACUUCAUUGAAAAGAACAGGGACAAAGCUGUCCAUCAAGAGUCAGUAAAAGAUGAGCUCUGAAGAGGGAAGCAAAUGGUAAAGGGCAUAUCUUUGAAGCAAAACAACUAUGGCCAUACCAAAUUUUUAAUGCCGAAUGAUUUGGUAUCAUCUUUGCAGGUAUAUUCAAGAAGUGCUAUGGACUUAAUGAUGAUGCCUUGAUCUUCCCCUCUUACCUCUAUAUCAGUGUAGCCUUUUAAAUUGAAGCAUGUGUGUAAUGUGUGGACGGCAGUUUUAGGUGUUAUAGUUGAUAGUAGUUUUUGGAUAUUAUUAGUUGCAACAGUUAAUUCGGCUGUAGGAGACAUCCGAGCAAGUUAAAUCUAGAGAGGAUAUUUUCAAUUUA